UAAAAAGAGGUCGAAAAUUGUCAAAAAGAGACAAAAGUUGGUUAACCCACGGAGUUCAAUUUAUAGUCAACCAAUUUGAUUACCAUUGGUGUGCGAUAUUGUCUCCUUUUUGUCGACUGGAGACAAAAGGAAACAACAAAUUGUCAAAAAGAGACAAACGGAGGUCGGAAAUUGUCAAAUGGAGACAAAAAUUGGUCGUCUUGGGUAGUUCAAUUUACAGUUAAUCAACUUGUUGACCAUUGGUGUGCGAUUUUGUCUCCUUUUGUCAAAGAAAAAUAUCUCUGUCUCUUUCUGCCAAUUGACAAAUAGUUUCAUUUUUAUGGCGUGAGCGUGAGCGAAAGAAACGUGGAGCUUGUGAAUAAACGUUUGUGCAUUUAAGUUGAAGUGGAAAAAUGAGUGUUUCUGGUGAGGAAGAAGUGGAGGAUGCUGAACUUCGGGAAUUAUGCAGAGAUUUUGGAGUAGAAGAACUCUACGAAGGCUUAUUAGGUAAUAUGUUAAAUAUAACCUCAAAUUCGCAGGAGCCCUAUUGAAAAUUUUUAUUUUUUUCUAAUUAAAGCGAAAAAAGUCACUGUAGACAUCCUAAAGAAUGCCCAUUUGAUGGAUAUAGAGGCAUUCUUACCCUCUGACGCAACGAGAGUGAUUUUUAAAUCACAUUGGAGGAAGUGGAAGGCAGCCCUUCCGGAUUCUCUAAAUCCGGAAGGGUGUAUGAGGGAGUGCCUUGUACAUUGUCAGAAUGUAUCCAAUCCAGCACAAGUACAAGGUUAAUCGAAAACAACAUGGUUUUCAAUCCAUCUGGAGGACAUUCUAAUGUCUAUGCCAGGAAGCGACAAUAUCAAAGAAUAUUAUUCUCGGCAUGGAAAGUUUGAUAAAUGUUGGAGAGAUGAAUUGGUUGAUAGGAUUCUGGACUACUUCGAUGCACAUAAUAUCCAAAUUACAUGCAAGAUGAUGGCUCAAAUUUCUGAGGAAAUUUCAGAGAUGUUCCCGACAAAAGAAAAGGUUAAAUACUUCUCUCCCAAAAAUGCGGCUCACAAAUAUUACGGGGGGCUCUUGUUUUCUCGCAAUCACAACCGUCAACGUCCUUUGAAGCGAGAGAUUCGAAAGGAGACUCAUAGUGAGGUAGUUGAAAUGGUUGCUGAUCCGGAAAUCAAUUUGAGCAACCUGAAAGAACAGUUGAUGACAAUGACCCCGGAGACAGAGAUUUCAAAUGAAUCUUUAACGCUCUGGAUAAAGUGUUUCCCUUUGAGGAAGGAGGAUCUUUUAAAGAGUGACUCAAAUGAUAUUAUAGAGCAAUGGCCACUAUUUGCACACAAGGAGGGCAAUCUUUUGAUUUAUUCUGAUUUCUCUAGGAUGUUCAGUGAAGCAAGAGAGUGUACUGCCAUAAAGAUCUGUUCUUUAACAUGAGCAUAUUAUUGGAUGCUGUAGAUUUAUGCUUUAAGGCUUUUCAUGUCCUUCAUGCUGGAAAAUACGCUCUCGAAUGUGAAACAGUGUGGUAUCUAGUGCAGAAUUUUUUCUAUGGGAUUUCAACUAACAAUG